AUGGAGCCAUCCGACUCUCGACAACCUUUUCUGGCCGCGGGCGCCGCCCCAAUACCCAACACUCCAUCUUCAUUCGGAGAUCCGCCACGGUACGAGCAUCUGCGUUGCGAAUCCCCGCUCAAGAAACCACGCGUCACAGCAUUCCUGCCAUCAAAGCAUGUACUUCACAAGUUCUGGAUCCUCGAGGCCCUUGCUGGGGCAUUCUCGAUUAUCUUAUUCAUUGUCAUCGUGCUCAUUUUGGCAGCCUACGACAAUAAGAAUUACGGAGCAGCCUCGGCCAUAUCCCAGGCGGGUGAAAUGAAGAGACCAAAGAUCUUCCCCAUACUAUCCUUUCUGAGCGCAGUCAUGCGUGCGGCUAUGCUCUUACCUGUCGCGACUUGCAUCGGACAGCUAAAGUGGUCAUGGUUCAGGAGCAGUCGUCGACUUAUCGACAUUGAGCGUUUCGACGAAGCUAGUCGAGGUAUGACUGGCUCACUGCACCUCUUGUGGACUAUCCGGUUCAGACAUCUAGCAGCUGUCGGUGCAGGAUUGACGGUGUUCGCCCUACCCAUUGAUGCUCUAAUCCAGAGCGCCAUUUCAAUUCCCCAGCAACGCGUAUUCAAUGAUGUCCUCUACGAGCGCAGCGGCGCCAAUAUCACGAACACUACCACCUUUCCCAAAACAAGCGAAUACUUUGGUUGGCAGGCGAUGAGGUCCACUGAAGAGCCUUGGGCUACAACGGAAAUGAUUAACGCGGUCAAGUUCGGCAUCUCGUAUAUGAGCGGCCUUGGUGAUUCCAUCUCUGCCGACACAGUCGUAGAGUGUCCGACCGGUUAUUGUGACUUCGGGAAAUACCAGACGCUUGGGGUCCAUUACUCAUGUGUGGAUCGAUCCAAUGAUAUUGUCGAAGUUGAGGAAGAAAACUCUUAUCCAUAUCUGACCAUUCCGGGAACCGGUCUACAGCUGUAUCAUCAAGGAGGCAGCGACUUCCUCAAGAUGUUAAUAGCCGCAAACUCGUCUGGACACUCCGAUGAGGAUGUUUUUGAUACACCCGGACCCUUGAUAGUGCGGACAGCAUUGCUCGUGGACAACUGGAAAGGUGCGGAUCCCGUCGGAAUGGAAUGCGCCCUCUUCUGGCGCGUUAAGACAGCUCUUGGAAAAGUGGAGAUCGGGAGUCUUGAUCAGAACGAAGGUAGCUUCAUGAGCGAGACAACCGAGCCCGAGUUCUUUGAAUUCAACCUAAACCCAGACAACAAACAAUUUGCUUACCUUUUGAAUCCUAAGGACGAAUGCUGGAUCAACAAUGAUACCCUCACCGAAGCCGAGGAUCCGGACCUUUAUAUCGAAGAGUGUUGCUAUGCGGUAGGCGCCGAGGCUCAAAUAGGCCUCCAGAGCCUGCUUCUGGAUCCUACGGAUGGUCUGGUGGGCGAAUCUAUGGUCAAAGAACACAAUGAAGAGACGAACUACACGGAAUGGAACCCCACGAACCAUUUCGUUACGAAUGUCUUCGAACUCAUAGAGGGGACAAGGGAUGGUUUCAUCGAAGAGAUCGACUCCAUGUUCAACAACAUUGCUAUUAGCAUGUCGCACGUCGUCCGCCGAUACCCGAUUCAACGAACCAAUGACACGAAGACUCCUGGAUAUACCACGGGCUAUGUCUACCGCUACGUCUUCCUCUACCAAGUAAACUGGAAGAGUCUCACACUCCCCGCGAUCCUUGUCUUCGGCAGCGCGCUCUUCACUGUCGUAACGGCUAUCUUGACCGCAGGCGAGCACGGCUGGAGAAGGUCCAAUUUACCGCUUUUAUUCCAUGGACUAGGCAGCGCCGAGCGCGAAGUCUGCGGCGAGAUCAAAAGCUUGGGUGCGAUGGAAGACGCGGCGGAGGGAAUGCGGGUGAAACUUCAGAACAUGGAUGAGGGAGCGAAACUGGUGGGCGCGAUGCACUAG